UAAAGAAAAAAAACAACAAAAAAAAAUAGCGUGUAUUCGAAGAACGGGCGGGACGCGGCGAAGAGGUUGAGAGUUCUUAACCGGCGCGACGAUCGUUCGUGUAAAGUUGUGUCCGAGUUAGUAAGCGCGACGAAACGAGAGAAAGAAAUAGAAAGAAAGAAAGAAAAAAAAAUAAAGAAAGAGAAAGAAGGGAAAGAAAGGUGUUCGAAAACGCAACGAUAAAAGACUCGAGAAGCAGGCAACGACCAUGGGAUUUGUAGGAGAAAUACUCGUCGUUCAGAAAAUGGAAAUGCGAAGAUUAUUGCGAAAAUGCAUGUCGGUAGGGACGUUGAACGUUUAUCAAGGAUAUGGGAAUCGAAUUUUACGUUAUUAUUCGACAAAAACGAAGCCAGAAUUAACAUCGAUAAGAUACAAGAUUAAACGUGGUCCAUAUUCCAAGUUAACCGACGAACAUGUUAAUUUUUUCGAAAGAUUGCUCGAUCGAAAUCGUGUAAUCACUGAUCCCGAUGAAUGCGAUGGUUACAAUAUUGAUUUUGCAAAUACCGUCCGAGGCGAAAGUAGACUCGUUCUAAAGCCAAAAAUAACCGAGGAAGUGUCGGCGAUAUUAAGAUAUUGCAAUGAAAAUUGUUUAGCCGUUUGUCCACAAAGUGGUAACACCGGUUUAGUGGGUGGAAGUACACCGGUAUUCGAUGAGGUCGUACUAUCAAUGAAACUUAUGAAUAAAAUCAUCGAAACGAAUGAAAUAGCAGGUGUGAUUACUUGCGAAGCCGGUUGCGUUUUAGAGGAUUUGGAUAAUCAUUUGUCUACUUUUGGUCUUAUGAUGCCUUUGGAUCUCGGUGCGAAGGGUAGUUGUUUGAUAGGAGGCAACGUAUCAACAAAUGCUGGUGGUCUUAGACUCCUUCGUUAUGGCAAUUUACAUGGAAAUAUUCUCGGAAUCGAAGCAGUAAAGGCCAAUGGCGAUAUCAUAAACAGUUUGAAUGGCCUAAAGAAAAAUAAUACUGGUUUUCAUUUGAAGCACUUAUUUAUAGGUUCGGAAGGAACUUUAGGUAUUGUUACAAAGGUUGCUAUACAAUGCCCACCUCUUCCAAAAGCUAUAAAUGUCGCAUUUCUUGGAUUGAACAGUUUCGACAACGUAUUGAAAAUUUAUCAUCUCGCCAAGAAAGAAUUGGGUGAAAUUUUAUCAUCAUGCGAAAUGAUGGAUAAAUUGUCGAUCGAUGUUUCGACACAACUUUUGGGACUUCAAAAUCCAUUGGCGACCGAUGGCUGUGAUCAUGAUUUUUAUGUAUUGUUAGAAACUUCCGGUAGCCAUAUGGCUCACGACGAAGAGAAACUCAAUGCGUUUGUCGAAAAAGUUCUUAAUGAUAAUAUUGUACAAGAUGGUACUCUUACUUCGGACACGGCGAAAAUGAAGAAUAUAUGGGCUCUAAGAGAAAGAAUUAGCGAAGGUGUUUUACGUGAGGGUUAUGUCUUCAAGUACGACGUUUCUUUACCUCUUCCAUAUUUUUAUAAAGUUGUUGAAGUUUUAAGAGAACGUUUACGUGAUCCACGUAUUAUUAGAAUCAGUGGUUAUGGACAUAUAGGUGAUGGUAAUAUUCAUAUACAAGUGUCAAUUCCAACGUACCACGAAGACAUAGCAUCGCAAUUAGAACCAUUUAUUUUUGAAUACAUUUCUAGUCUUUCUGGUAGCGUUAGCGCAGAACAUGGUAUAGGAUUCAAAAAAACUAAAUAUCUUCAUCUUAGUAGAACUCAAUCGGAAAUUGAAUUGAUGAAACAUCUUAAGUUAACUAUGGAUCCUAAAGGAAUACUUAAUCCAUAUAAAGUAUUAUAUCCUAUUAAUAUAUCUGAGUGAUUUAUUCAGAAAAAAAAGAAAAAGAAAGUAUAAGAAAAUAUGAUCAAACAGAGAAUUUUAUUUUCAAUAGAUUUUUAUCUAAGAUUUUGUAGAUAUAUAUAUAUAAUCUUUUAUCUUGUAUAUUUGUGUUAAGAGAUAUUGAUACAACUACCUCGUAUAUAAUAUCUAUUAGAAAACGUAGAAGAUUUUGCCAUAAUACGAAAUGUGCCAUAUAUUUACGUUUCAUUUUACAAUAUUCUAAUAUCUUAAUGAAAUUGUAUAAACUAUUGUUCGAUAGAUUCAAAGAUUUAUCUCAGGUAGAAAUAUAUAUAUAUAUAUAUAUAUAUGUAUAUUUAGAAAUUUAUUCACGUAUACAAUAGAUUUUCUUAGCUUGUUAUACCAAUAUUAGGAGUUUAGAAAUAUGGUCACAUUCCAUAAUACAGAAACUCUUGAAUA